AAUGAAAUUUAUUAUCUUCAAUAUACUAGUUUAUUUUGUAGUUAGCGAAGUAGAAACUGUCUUUGAAGAUGGAAUUGAAUGGACAAAAAUGCCUAUUGAAUUCGAAGAAGUGGAAUAACCAAUAGAGAAUUUGUAAGGAGGCUAAGGCACUACAAAUUACGGAAAAAUUGAUUAUGGGAUUACUGAGGAAAUGGCAUUGAUGUUUAAAACCUUAAACGAUCCUACUUAUGAUGUCAUAACUCGACCCAUCAUUAAAUAGAUUGGGUUGGAAUUCUUUGAAAGUCAUUAUUAGAAAUUUUGCAACACAGAUUAAUUCUUCGAGAGAUUAAUAUAUCAAGGAAGCAAUGUUGAAUUCAAUACCAUAAAUAUGAUUGUAUUUAUUAGUUCAUAAAUAGUACCAUGUUAAAAUGUCAGUAAAUGAGUUUAUGGUUGAAUUUAGCCUUAAAAAUUGGGACACUGAUAAAAACGACUUUUCAAUCAAGGAAUUCACCAAGUGUGAAAUUUAUGUGAGAUAAGAAAAAAAAUAGGACUUAUGAAAAGUAUUUUAUAUUGUUUUUAAAUAAC